AAAAUUAUUAUUUGGUGGAUGGUGGGUAUACGAAUGGUCCUGGGUUUUUAGCACCAUAUAGGGGUGUCAGAUACCACUUACAGGAAUGGGGUGUCGGAAACCGCAUGCCACAAAACUUUAGAGAAUUGGACAACCUUCGCCAUGCUAAGGCUAGAAAUGUGAUUGAGCAUGCGUUUGGCAUUUUGAAGAUGCGAUGGACAAUUCUUAGGAGUUGUUCAUAUUAUACCAUUAGGACACAAAAUCGCAUUAUUAUGGCAUGUGCGCUCCUCCACAAUUUCAUACGCACAUCAAUGGCUAAUGAUCCCAUGGAAGCACUAGUCCCUGAGAUACCGGCUAACGGAGUGUCCACAACUACGAAUGAAGAUGACUUGAUAGACCAGGUGGAGGCUAGCCCAAAAUCGACACAGUUCCGUGACCAAUUGGCACAAGAUAUGUUCAACGAUUGGGAUCGUAAUGUCUUUUA